AUGCGCAGUGCCGGGUUUUCCUUCGCCACCCUGAGUGGAGCGGAGGGGUUGAGCGAUAAACAGGCUGUGGCUAAGAAGGAGGGGGGCGGGCGGCUUCUCCGGGACUGUUCUUGCCUCGGUUUUCUUUUAGGUGUAGUUUGGUCUGGACGCGGAGUCCCGGCCGGCAACUUGAGCCUGCUCCCUUGUGAAAGGGGAAAGUAUCUCCCCCGGAGAGCGGCCAGAAUUGCGGAGGGGGUGCGAGACGGGAUUUGUGAACCCCCGUGCCCGGCGAAUGGUGCGGCCCUGAGCCGGUCCCGGAGCCCGCCCGCCGUGUCUGAGGGAGGCCCCGGAGGGGGCGGACAGGUGGCCCGCAGAACGCGGGCUCUGUGAGGAGACGUGGGGAAGGUUUGAUUCCGAGAAGAGGAAGAGCCCGACUGAAAGGAGAGAGGCCGCUGAGGGGGAGGGGGCUGCCAAGAUGGCGUCGGCCUCUGGGCCGUCGGCGGUCGGAUUUUCAUCUUUGGAUCCCGGGGUCCCGGGGCCGACCGCAGCAGCAGCAUCUGGAAUCAAGAGACCUGUGGCAUCGGAGGUGUCUUAUGCCACUGGCAUGACUAUCAAGAAAAUAGGCCACCGAAGUGUUGAUUCUUCAGGAGAGACAACAUAUAAAAAGACAACGUCAUCAGCUUUGAAAGGCGCCAUCCAGUUAGGCAUUACUCACACCGUGGGGAGUCUGAGUACCAAGCCAGAGCGAGAUGUCCUCAUGCAGGACUUCUAUGUGGUGGAGAGCAUCUUCUUCCCCAGUGAGGGGAGCAACCUGACGCCUGCUCAUCACUACAAUGACUUCCGGUUCAAGACCUAUGCCCCUGUUGCCUUCCGCUACUUUCGGGAACUAUUUGGCAUCCGGCCUGAUGAUUACUUGUACUCUCUCUGCAGCGAGCCACUGAUUGAACUCUGCAACUCUGGAGCUAGUGGUUCCCUCUUCUAUGUGUCCAGCGAUGAUGAGUUCAUCAUCAAGACUGUGCAGCAUAAAGAAGCAGAGUUUCUGCAGAAGCUGCUCCCCGGCUACUACAUGAACCUCAACCAGAACCCUCGCACAUUGCUGCCUAAAUUCUAUGGAUUGUACUGUGUGCAGGCCGGGGGCAAGAACAUUCGGAUUGUGGUGAUGAACAAUCUCUUACCACGGUCGGUCAAGAUGCAUAUCAAGUACGACCUCAAGGGCUCCACCUACAAACGGCGAGCUUCUCAGAAGGAGCGAGAGAAGCCACUGCCCACCUUUAAAGACCUGGACUUCCUGCAGGACAUGCCUGACGGUCUCUUCUUGGAUGCUGACAUGUACAACGCUCUGUGCAAGACCCUGCAGCGUGACUGCCUGGUGCUUCAGAGCUUCAAAAUAAUGGACUAUAGUCUCUUGAUGUCCAUCCACAACAUAGAUCAUGCACAGCGAGAGCCCUUGAACACUGAAACGCAGUACGCAGUUGACACGCGGAGACCGACGUCCCAGAAGGCUCUGUAUUCCACAGCCAUGGAGUCCAUCCAGGGCGAGGCUCGCCGGGGUGGCACCAUGGAGACCGACGACCACAUGGGUGGCAUCCCUGCCCGCAAUAAUAAAGGGGAAAGGCUUCUGCUUUAUAUUGGCAUCAUUGAUAUUCUGCAGUCUUACAGGUUUGUAAAAAAGUUGGAGCACUCUUGGAAAGCACUGGUACAUGAUGGGGAUACUGUAUCAGUGCACCGUCCAGGCUUCUAUGCUGAACGAUUCCAGCGCUUCAUGUGCAACACGGUGUUCAAGAAGAUCCCCCUGAAGCCCUCUCCUUCCAAAAAGUUUCGGUCUGGCUCAUCUUUCUCUCGGCGAGCAGGCCCCAGCGGCAACGCCUGCAUUACUUACCAGCCGUCGGUCUCUGGGGAGCACAGAGCACAAGUGACAACAGAGGCGGAAGUGGAGCCAGAUGUCCACCUUGGUCGUCCUGAUGUAUUACCUCAGACUCCACCCGUGGAGGAAGUCAGCGAGGACUCACCUGUUUCUGGCCCUGGUUUCUCACAUGUAGUUGGAGAGACUUUGCAAGUACUAAAUACGAGUUCAGCUUUGGAAAAGCUUGAAAUUACAGAGGAGGAGUUCCCCCAUGUUGAAGUUAACUUGAGUUCCAUCCCUGCCUCCUAAUCUCAAGCUCCACACCCUUGACUUUACACCCUUUGCCUUCUCAGUGAGCAACAAACCUCAGAAGACUGGAAACAAGACCCCACUGUUGCUGUGAUAUCAGGAUGUUGGCCCUUGCCCAAGAACACUCAGUUUUCUUCUUGGUCAUCAAAAACAAACAAACCAAAAAGGAGUUUAAUAAGGAGCUAGGGGAGCUCCGCCUCCUUCAUGAUGAGGAAGCAGUUCUUCCCCGGCCUCUGAGUGGGCGUUGGUGCCUUGGACAGUUGAGGACAGCAGCAGCCCUUCCACUCCAGAGUCGGCUGGUGCGGAGUUCUGCCGGGCCAGCCUCGGCUUCCACAGUCGAGUUUCUUCAAACUCCCAUUGUUUGUGCUGGCAGUGGGCUUGCUGGACUUUGCGGUUCUCCUCCCGUCGUGCACCUUUCUCCAGGAGCUGGACUCUCACUUCCUCAGGACACACUGCUGGUACCCGAUCCCCUGCCUUCUUCCCUCUGGUCACUGGAGGAAGACCCUGGAAUUGUUGUAAAGGGUUUUGGGGGAAUAAGGGUUUUUAAGCAUCUCUGUCUUCUUCCUUUUUUCUUUCAAAAGGACAAGAACAAAGAGCACACAACACAAUUUCAAAAGUCAGAGAUACCUGCUCCUAGGGUUCCCACAGAUGAGCCGCAGUGGCUGUGAAACGGAAAUGUGGCAGUUGCUCUGCCAGCAGCAGCUCCUGUCAGCUCCUCACAGGAUGAGGACAUUCUUAAGGCCAAGAGAUGAAAAGAGUGGGACCUGUGGCCAUCCUUGCCCCUUUUGUUAAAACAAUGGGGCUGCCACGGGUUAGGAGGUGAGAGCCCUCCCCAGGCAGGACCCACUCACUAAUACUUGGAAGUUUGAAAUGUAUUCUAGUCAUUUUUCUAAAUAUGAAGAUGUAUCAGAUGAAUUUUAGACCAUUCUUCCAAAGGAGAUUUUUUUCUUUGUUCUUCUUGUCGUUUUGAGCAAUGUUCUGCUAUUUGUGGAGCUGCGGUGGACAGAAGCCUGUGUCUGCUGAACAGGCCGUCCGCCUCAGUGAAGCGAGAGAAGGUUCUCUUCAGCCCAGGGGAGCCAGCAGACACUUGUCUUUUUUUUUUUUUUUUUUUUUUUUGGUACCAGGGAUCGAACUCGGGUCCUUGU